UGCAAUGACAGAUUUUGUGAUACAUUUUUACGACUAGAGUUACUGUGAUUGAAUUUGAAUAUUACUGUAACAUAUAAUUGUCAUGAAAUCGUUUUGUGAGAGAUGAGUGUCUUCGGGGAUUUUCAGCGUGUGUGGGUGCAACGUUUUCCGGAGAGCGCCUUGCCAGCCGCUUGGGAGGAAGAUGUCAGGGCUAAUUUGGCUAAACAUAAACAGAAAGUGGCUAUCCUUAGGGAAGAAUUAGAGAAGGAGGAAUUUUACGUAGAGUAUUUGGAGACACUACUGUCUGAUGUCGAGAAACAUAAAACUUCCCAAGGAAGUAGAGCGGCGCCGCCCUCAGGGACUGACACGAAUGACGAUAAAACGUCUGAUAGCAAACAAGAUUCGAAUACUGAUCUAACAAAAAGUGAAAUAAGUCUCAAAAGUGAUGACUCAGUUGAAGCACCAGAAUGUGAGGAGGUCCUCUUGAGGAACAAGCCGGUUAACUUUGCUGAAAGAAGUUCAGUUAAUCAAUGCAUAAAUGAACUCUCUUCAAACCUUGCUGCUGAGGCUCGGAGACGGUGCAACAGUGAAAUUGUGAAACGACUUGAACCUGAUAUUGUGGAUUUAGAAAUAAAUGAUAAAACACAAGACAAAACCCGUCCAGCAUCACAAGCAGGUGAUUUUGUAACAGUCAUUGAAGUCAAUGGUUUGAAAGUAGCUGAGAAUGCUGCAAAGAAAUUAGACGAAUCACCGCCAUCCUCGGAAAGUAGUUCUACAGAUGCUACAGCUACAGGGAAGAAAAAAGUGCCACCAAAGCCACCACCAAAAGUGUUCAACAAGCGUGGAGUAUCACUGCCAGAAACAGGUUUAGUAGACGAUAGCCCACCAUCGUCAUUGGGACGAAGACUGAGAAAUGCAGAGUCCCGAGAAUCUAUUGCGAGUAGAGCAUCUACUCCAUCUAUUAGUGAGAGAGUGAAGAGCUACGAGUCGAUAAACUCCCUGUCGUCGGAGCGCAAGCGGUCCGGCGGCGCGGCCACGCCCCGCUCCAUCGACGAGGAGGGCACGCCCGACGCGCCCGCCUCGCUCGAGAGCCUGCCCGCGCCCGACGAGCACUACUACGACCAGGUGCCCGUGGACAUCAACGAUGGAGAGUACGUCUACAUACAAGCUGGUAUGACACUCUCCGGCGAGGGCGGCGAGGGCGGCUCGAGCGCGAGCACGCUGCCGCUGGCCGCGACCGCGCCGCCCGCGCCCGACUCGCCGCUCGCCGCCGGCGCGCCCAACUACGUCAACAUACACUACUUCAUACAACAAGCUGGUGAAGGUACGGAGGCGAGCGAGACGAGCUCGGAGCUGGCCGACUCCAGCGACACACCGCUGUUGUUGCGGACGAUAUCCUCAGACACUGAGGCCAGCGCCACACCUCCAGUCUUGAGGAAACUUCAACACCAGGAAUCCAGUAUCAGCAGCAAUGCAGAAGCCGAACGUCUCACGAUGCAUCGCUGUAUCGUCACAAGUAUCAUAGAAAGCGAGAAUGUCUAUGUCGAAUGUCUCUACGUCAUGGAAAAGUACAUGAAUGCUAUAAAAGCUACACUGUCUACAUCCCAACCUGUGAUAACAGAGGAAGAAUUCGGUACAAUAUUCUACAAAAUAUCCGAGUUGCAUGAUUUGCAUAAGAAUUUCCUUGAAGGCCUAAAAAAUGCAGUCGCCAGUUAUGAAGAACCCUUGUCUGUUGGCAUCCAUUUUAAAAAGAUGGCUGAGAACAUAAACGUAUACGGGGCAUUCCUGCACAACUACGGGCGCGCCACGGACGCAGUGCGAAGGCGCUGUGCCAGCUCGCAGCGCUUCGCGGACCUCACGCGCCAGAUCGCGUGCCGCGGGCAGCCCAUGUCGCUGGACGACCUGCUGCACAAGCCCGUGGCGCGCGUGCAGAAGAACGCGCUCGUGCUACACGAUCUCAUAAAAUAUACUCCAGCAAGUCAUCCCGAUCAUGCGAUGUUAACAGAGGCGUUAAAUAUGACACAGCAUUUCUUGGACGAGUUCAAUAUUAUACAAACGAAAUCUAUGUUUCCGAAUGCCGACCGAGCACAACGAAGACUUGUAAAGAAUUCAUUUAUCGUUGAAUUGUCUGAUGGACAUCGAAAGUUGAGGCAUCUAUUUCUAUUUAAUGACGUUAUUGCCUGUGCUAAAUAUAAGGCUUCCGGUAGAGAUAAAUUCACCUUCGAGCUUAAGUGGUUCAUACCAUUACCGGACAUUGUAGUGGUGGAAGAUGAGGGUUCAGGAGGCGUGACUGAAAGAGAGACCUCUCCGGCCAAUAUAGUAGCGCUUAAGUCACAAGCUUGUACAGUACGCGAUCAGAUACUCGCAGAGGAACGCGCUUCACAGGACGAUAAGAAGAUCAGACUAGGCGGUCGUGGCGCGGCGGAGAAGCAGAGGAAGAAGCUGGCGGAGCUGGAGGGGCAGCUGGUGCUGGCGUCGCCCAACCUCGUGUUCCGCGUGGGCGCGCGCGCGCCCGGCGCCGCCGCGCUGUCGCGCCAGCACGUGUUCUUCCUCAGCUCCGAGUACGAGCGCACGCAGUGGGUCGACUCCAUACACGCGCUGCAGGCGUCGUCAGCGCCCCCCGCUGGGAGUGGUACAGUAUCAAUGCUGGAGCUCCAGAGCUGGGUGACGGCGUGCCGCAGCUACCUUCAGACCGACAUGGGUUCUUACUUGCUGCGCAGUGGAAGAGACGACUCACUGUUGCUGGGUGACUUACAGCUGCACAUCGGAGGCAUGACGGCGCCUCUCGACACCGCUGCCGACUACUAUAUCGUGGUGGAGGUGGACUCAUACGGGCACUACUUCCGCAAGGCGAAGUCAAAGCUGGUGUGCCGCAGCGCGCAGCCGCGCUGGAACGAGAGCUUUACGCUGGAGCUGGAGGGCUCGCAGAACCUGCGCCUGCUGCUUUACGAGGACGCUGCGCGCCCCGUGCUGCGCGGGAAGUGCACACUCAAGCUGUCGCGCGAGUGGGUGGGCGAGAGCGUGUCGCGCGCGGUGUGCGUGGGCGGCGGCUCGCUGCCGCUGCGCGUGCGCCUGCUGCCGCCGGAGCGCUCGGCGCGCCACGUGCCCAGCGCCAAGCCCGGCGCGCUCUUCGGCGCCAAGAUCACGCACGUCGCCAAGCGUGAGAAGCGCAACAUCCCGUUCAUAAUAAGUGCGUGCGUGCGCGAGGUGGAACGGCGCGGCAUCAGCGAGGUGGGCAUCUACCGCGUGUCCGGCAGCGCCUCCGACCUCAACCGACUUAAAAAGAGCUUCGAGACCAAUGCAUACGAAGCAGAGCAGCUAUUAAAAGAAGUUGAUGUACACUCCGUGACGGGUAUUCUGAAACUGUACUUACGUGAACUGCCAGAGGCAUUGUUCACUGACGCCUUGUAUCCUGAACUGCUACGGGCUUGGGGAUCCACGCAGGGGGCCGGAGCUUCCUCGGAUUCAGGGCCAGCUCACACACGCCGUCAUGCACUCCUUAAAUGUUACGCUCAGCUACCAGAUCUAAAUAAGAAUUGUAUCGAUUUCCUCUUGAACCAUUUUGUCAAGGUGAACCAGCACGAGAGCGAGAACAAGAUGUCGCUGCAUAACCUGGCGACGGUGUUCGGGCCCACGCUGCUGCGGCCUAGCUUGGCGGGUGGCAAGCUGCGUGCCGACCAGCUGGCGGCCGGCACCGUGGACGCCAUGGCGCAGGCCGGCAUCCUCUACACGCUGCUGCAGCAGCGCCACCUGGCGCAGCACCUGUCCGCGCACCGCCCGCACGCCAACCCGCCGCCGCCGCUCGACUGAACCGCACCGUCGUGGACGCCAUGGCGCAGGCCGGCAUCCUCUACACGCUGCUGCAGCAGCGCCACCUGGCGCAGCACCUGUCCGCGCACCGCCCGCACGCCAACCCGCCGCCGCCGCUCGACUGAACCGCACCGUCGUGGACGCCAUGGCGCAGGCCGGCAUCCUCUACACGCUGCUGCAGCAGCGCCACCUGGCGCAGCACCUGUCCGCGCACCGCCCGCACGCCAACCCGCCGCCGCCGCUCGACUGAACCGCACCGUCGUGGACGCCAUGGCGCAGGCCGGCAUCCUCUACACGCUGCUGCAGCAGCGCCACCUGGCGCAGCACCUGUCCGCGCACCGCCCGCACGCCAACCCGCCGCCGCCGCUCGACUGAACCGCACCGUCGUGGUACCUACCUAACCUAUCCACUCCUUCCUCAAUAUAACUAACGAGAAGUAACGAAUAGUUAACUCCGCAUUCGUUUGUUGAAACCAUAAGAAUCAACAACAGAAUAUGUAACAACGAAUAAAAAAAUGACAACUACGAUGUCACAUGCAUCAGAAAUAAUAAACUGCUUGAGUUAUUUGCGA